AUGCCCUCCUGCCAGCCUGGCAAGAUGCCUGCGCCGUGGUGGCUCCAGCUCCUCCUUUGCGUCCUCUCCUCCAUCGCGGUCUUGCCUGGCCAGGCAGAGGAGCUGAAAGUCUCCACCCAGACAGGCUGGGUGCGUGGCAUCCGGAUGCCCGUCCUGGACGGCCACGUCUCGGCCUUCCUGGGCAUCCCCUUCGCGGAGCCUCCCGUGGGCAGGAUGCGCUUCCUGCGCCCUGAGCCCAUCAAGCCCUGGCAGCACGUUCUGGAUGCCACCACCUACCAGCGCGCCUGCUACCAGAUGGUGGACAACAGCUUCCCGGGAUUCCAUGGCACGGAGAUGUGGAACCCCAACCGGGGGAUGAGCGAAGACUGCCUGUACCUCAACAUCUGGGUGCCCUCCCCCCGCCCCAGGGACACCUCGGUCCUGGUCUGGAUCUACGGAGGGGGCUUCUACAGCGGCUCUGCCUCCCUGGACGUCUACGACGGCCGGCUCCUGGCCUACACGCAGAACGUCAUCCUGGUCUCCCUCAGCUACCGCGUGGGAGCCUUCGGCUUUUUGGGCCUCUUGGGGAGUCAGGAGGCACCGGGGAACAUGGGGCUGCUGGACCAGCGCUUGGCCUUGCAGUGGAUCCAGAACAACAUCCAGCAUUUUGGGGGCAAUCCGAACGCGGUCACCAUCUUCGGGGAAAGUGCCGGGGCCGCCUCUGUGGGCAUGCACCUGCUCUCUGCCCAGAGCCGCGCCCUCUUCCAGCGGGUCAUUCUGCAGAGCGGGGCACCCAAUGCGCCGUGGGCCACAGUCACACCUGCAGAAAGUCGGCGCCGCGCAACCCUUCUGGGAAAGCAGGUGGGCUGCCACUUCACCAACGAUUCCGAGCUGGUCAGUUGCUUGCGCUCCAAAACCCCUCAGCAGCUGAUUGACGAGGAGUUGUCCGUCCUGCCCUACAAGAGCACUUUCCGCUUCUCCUUCGUGCCGGUCAUUGACGGGGACUUCUUCCCGGACACCCCCGAGGCCAUGCUCAGCAUGGGCAACUUCAAGCAGACCCAGGUGCUGCUGGGCGUGGUCAAGGACGAGGGCUCCUACUUCCUGAUCUACGGGCUGCCCGGCUUCAGCAAGGACAACGACAGCCUCAUCAACCAAGCCGACUUCCUGGAAGGGGUGCGGAUGGCCGUGCCACACGGCAAUGACAUCGCCACGGAGGCCGUCGUGCUCCAGUACACCGACUGGCAGGACGCAGAGAACGGGGAGAAGAAUCGGGAUGCCAUGGAUGACAUCGUGGGGGACCACAACGUCAUCUGCCCAGUCAUGCACUUUGCCACCAGCUACGCAAAGCGCGGCAACAAGGUGUACGCCUACCUGUUCGACCACCGUGCCUCCAACCUCGCCUGGCCCCCCUGGAUGGGGGUGCCCCACGGCUACGAGAUCGAGUUUGUCUUUGGACUGCCGCUCAACGACACCCUGAACUACACGGCCCAAGAGAAGGAGCUCAGCCGCAGGAUGAUGCGUUACUGGGCCAACUUCGCCCGGACAGGGAGCCCCACUGACCCCACCGAUAAGGACGGGGCCUGGCCCGCCUACACCACCUCCCAGCAGCAGUAUGUCCAGCUGAACACCCAGCCGCUGGCCACCCAGCGCAGCCUCCGUGCCCAGAUCUGCGCCUUCUGGAACCACUUCCUCCCCAAACUGCUCAACGUGACAGACAACAUUGAGGAGGCCGAGCGGCAGUGGAAGCUGGAGUUCCACCUCUGGAGCGCCUACAUGAUGCACUGGAAGAGCCAGUUCGACCACUACAACAAGCAGGACCGCUGCUCGGAGCUGUGAUGGGAGCUGACAUCGGCCCCCCGGCGGCCCCCCCAACUUCUCUGACAAGGAGCCGGUUUGUCUCUUGGUCCAAAGCGCCCGAAGGAGCCCAGGGCCAGCCCCCCCCCUCCCUCCCACAGCAGCAAGUUGAUCUACUGCUCCUUGGGGAGACCACCCGCUGGUCUCGAUUGCCCCCCCCAGCCCUCCCCACCGUGUGCCCCGAGCCUGCCCCCUCAGCAGGGAUUUGUACAUAAUAUUUAUUUAAAGGGGAAAUGUGGUAAAUAUAUAGCUAUAUAUAUAUAUAUAUACAUACAUACAUACAUCUAUAUUUGAACUGUAUAUAGAAGCAGAGCUGCAGCACGUGCUGCCACAGGCGACCCCCCUCCUUCUGCUUUCUUCCAGUCGAUCCCUCCCCCGCCGGUCGCAGACGGCGUCCCGCCCAGGGCUGACCGCAGCCCUCCCUCCCGCGGACUCCGGGCCUCGGGACCCGCCUCCCGCCUCCCGCAUGCCUGACCGCAGCGCGCGGAGCUCUCAUCUGUGUUUAACCCCAAUAAAGUG